AUGUCUGCCAAAAGUCUCACCGCCAAUCACACACCUAUCACCCGCAAUGAACGGAUUCGACUCAGGAUGUUGGAACGUGAAAAGUCUGAGGCGUCUCCUCUUCAAAUACCAGACGAGGCGUUGCCCCAAGUGAAACAAGGGCUCGACCAAUGCUUCUACUGUGGCCUCUUUGGUCACCGGUUCAGAGCUUGCUCACAGUAUCUGGAUUACUUACCGAGGUAUGGUGCCCACCCGAUGCACUGGCGACUCCUCGAAAAUGGAAGCUUUUAUGAGAUAACAGCCAUAUGGCCGAGCACCUUGGAUGCCGAGUUAGGACAACCUUGGUCAUGGUCAUUAAACCGUUUGGAAGGUCGCAAUGAUGAACAUCUCGCAGCGUCUUCUGUGACCUCUGAUGAGGUCUUCUAUGACGCCUUUGAAUCAAUUCCUACUGCCGCCACCAACAACACCUUGAAAGCUCUCUCUCGUUCUGAAUCCUUUGAUGAUGCGGAUGGUGAAGGACGCUCUAACGUGUUCGGUCAACCGUCAGUGCAGAUGACAAGUUCAUCCAUGGUUCCUAAAUUGGCGUCUCCUACAAUUGAACAGGGCAAGAUCAAAGAGGCAGCAGCUCAAGCUGACCUUGGAGCUGAAGAUUGA